UCGAGAGACGCGCAUAGGAACGCAUGACAUAAUAUAUUGGACUAAGCAGUUGACAAUCGUCGUCUAUACCAAAAUACCCUGGCGGAAUGAGUGCCCGUACCAGACUCGACGACUCCGCAACCGGCGGCCUUCAGCCGACGCUCUCUCAGAACAUGGUAUGUAGACAGCAGUGCUCAACUCCGAGAGACUCGUCCCAUCCCCCCUCCAACCUGCACAGCCCAAGACGGGGGAUUGGCCAGCUGGCGGGGGAACGUCGUUUGCCUAGACGCAAGAGGUCGCCUCUUCUCGCACCAGCCGGUCCGCAAGGCACAGAAGAGAGGCGAGAUGGCGCCGGAGCUCAAAGUCCAGAGUCCUCUUCAAAGCACAACACCCACCACGGCCCUCCCAAACCUGUCUUGCCGGCCCAACCCCCUAAGGCGAGCCAAGAUGCUACCGCGUCUACGGCAAGUCCAUCAGCAGCUUGGAAUUCCACCAAAGGAUCGCGUCCAGCCCGCGCGACCGCGACCCCCCCCCCCCCCCCCCCGUCCGCGACGCGCCCGACAACGCGACGCUCGCGACGCGGGCGCACAUGCAUCAGGUAAGGAAGAAACGCUCGUUGCCCCUGACGAUCGCCAAAAGAGACCGUUCCCGGUUCGACGCCGCCCAAAGGCUCAAAGCCUCGAGAGCAGACUACGCCUUCGAAGGGCAAGGGGAAACCCUCACCCUCUCGAGCCCGCCUGAAACCAUGCGGCGCCAUCUCGAGGCCCCCCUCUCAACGGUUUUCUUUGUUCAGAGACGCCACUAUGCCUCCCACCCCAAAUCGAUAGGGAAUGGGAAGCCGCCCGAAGCCAAGGGGGGGGGGGAAAGGUACAAGCUUGAAAAGGAAGAAAGCAUAAAAAAAAAAGGGGG